AUGUCCACACGAGGGCCCAUCAAGGCGGUGCAUGGGCUAUCGACCUUCUCUGAAGGUAGCUGGUCACCUCAGGAGUCCGAGGGAUCUUUCGCCGGACGAGGCUUUGUGGGCUUGAGCCCAUCCAGGGCCGGCUCCGAUUGGAGUUCUUCCCCGCAGUCAGGAGCGGCGCCAGUGCGUCGGCCUGGCAGCGCCCAUGGUGUACGCUCCGAGGUCCAUGAGGCGCCGUAUCGAAUGAGUCCCAGCAGCGAUAGCUUGCUGGAGGAGUCCGACAGGAAAAGAGACAAGAAGGAGAAGAAGAGCAAAAAGGAUAAAAAGGAGAAGAAGGAAAAGAAGCAAAAGAAAGAGAUGGCCAGGGAUUUGGAGGAGACUGACUCGGACAAGGAGCACAAGACGCGGAAGGAGAAGAAGGAGAAGAAGGGCAAGAAGGAGAAGAAGACGAAGGAGCCCGUGAGGCAGCUCUCAGACAGUGGUGCAUCCCUGGAGGAAGUUGCCAAGCCCUUCGCGCCUGCGCCGCUUGAAGCGAGCCCGCCGGAGCCGGAGUCACAGAGGCACGCCCCUUUGGACCGGUGUAACACGGAGGAGGAUGAAAUGAUGGGCGCAAGGGCUGAGGUUGCUACAAGCUUCAGGCCGGCCAAAGAUUCCGAAGCCGAAGGUUCAACUUUGGACUCCUCAGGCGUAUCCCGCAUUCUCCGCUUUUUGCUGAGCUUCGACCCUCCGGGACUCACGGUGGUGUGGGACAAGCAGGGCGAGAGGCGGACAACUGCCAUGCGGGUGGAUGCCGAGGAGAUCUGCGAGCCAGAGGGGCUCAAGCAGCUGGCGGCGAGACUGGUGCGGAAGUGGGAGUUCUUGCAGCAGUCCCACACUUCGCAGGUGGAGUCUCUGCUCCGGCGCCUCGCGGAGCGGCAGCUGCCGGUCUACCGCACGGUGUGCGAGGUGCAGACCUCUGCCGCGCCGAGAACCGCCGCUGAGGGCCCACGCCUGCCGAGCGGCGCGCUGUUCCUGGUGGUGGAGCGCAGCAGAGGCACCGACGGCUGGUGGCUGCGGUUGGCCACUGGCGGCAGAUGGCUGCCUGAGUUGCAGGAGGCGAAGACGGUGGCGGUGGGCUGCGAGCCCUCCAAAGCCCAAGCCGCCGAGUGGCUGCAAAAAUCUAGGUCCUUCGAUGUUCUCGUGGCGCGGAACGCGCGGUUGGUCUGCGCGCAGCUGGAGACGAGGUCGGCUCCCGUUGCACCGCGGGAGAAGCCUGCCGCCCAGCAAGUGAGGUGUUGAGCUCUCGGCUGAGCUGGUCGUCAGCUGCUGGCCGCGGACAGCCUCCUAAGAGGGAGAAGGCAUUUUUCCGCACCCGGCCAUGGCGUCGUAUGCGCGACACGGCUCACUCCUAAGGAGGGCUCCUCAACCGCCGGAAGCUGACCACCACUGUACCAAGGGUUCCAGAGUUGCAC